ACGUGGGCGUUUAAUCUUCUAGUCUCUUCAGUUUCUUCAUCUUCUAUCCGACGCUCAUUGAAUCAGUGAUGCUUCUUACCUGCAAACAAGUAAAGUAAACAUUUGGUGGUCCUUGAAAACCUAGCUCUGCUUUUGAGAGAAACAGACAGAUGAAGCCAUCAAGCUGCACUUGUACUUGUUCUAAACCUUUCCUUAUAAUUACUUUCUUUUAAUUGUCUAUUGCUUCAAAUUACUUCACUAUAAUUUUCUUUUCCCCUGUUUUAACUAUCAAUUCUCUAUCAUUUUAUACUCAGUAUCAAUAAAUUCCGUAGAAAAAAAAUAUCUAGCAUUUUUCUCAACUUUUCUCGAUAUUUUUGCUCGUUGUGAUCUGUUUGUUUCAAGCUAGACUACGUUCACUGAGGGUUUGCUCUUAAAUACUUUGACUUUGAUAGUUGUUUGUUGUGUGUCACUCUUUUUCUGUUUUCAUUAUUAAUUAGCCUUGCUUUUUAUUCUCAGAGUAAGGGUGGAUUUUGUUUAUUAAGCUUUUCUCUCAAACAUUUACUGAAUUUUUUUUUGUUAUAUACCAUUUCCCAAUUCUUUUUCUUUCAUUUCCCUUGCCUCCUAAGUACCCUUUAAUUUUAGCUUUACUUGAAAAAAAAAAAAAGAGAGAGAGAGAGAGUGUGUGUCUGUGUCCGUGCAAGUAUUUAAUGGCAAUGGCUGAGGAACUAGCUAUGAGAACUGCCACGGUGCUUGCAUCAAAAGCCACAGAAUCGGCAUAUGAUUUGCUUAAACAGCAGAUAUCAUAUGUGUUCAAGUACCAGAGCUACAUCAACGACCUCAAAAACCAAGUUGAGGAUCUCAGAAAUAAAAGAGAAACAGUGGAGAAACCUGUAGAGUCAGCUGAAAGACAGGGGGAAGAGAUUUAUAAUGCUGUUAAGAAAUGGCUGAGGGAUGUAGAUGAGUUCACUGAAAUGGUAGCAAAAGCCAUCAUUGAGGAUGAAGAUAAAGCAAAUAAGGGUGGCUGUUUCAAAUUGGGGUCAUGUCCUAAUUUGAUUCAACGUUACAAGCUUGGAAAGGAAGCAAUGAAAGCAGCAGUGACUGGGGCCAAUCUGUUGGGGAAAGGCAACUUCAGUAGUGUUUCCUACCGUCCUGCUCUACAGAGGACAGACUGUGUCAGAGGCUAUGAGGCCUUUGAUUCUAGAGAGAAAGUUUUGCAAGAAAUUAUGGACACAUUGAAGGAUGUUAAUAUUAACAUGAUUGGGGUGCAUGGUAUGGGAGGUGUGGGCAAAACUACACUGGUCAAAAAAGUAGCUUGGCAGGUGAAGGAAGACAAGUUAUUUCAUGAGGUGGCUAUUGCUGAGGUAACACAAACCCCAGACUACAAAAAAAUUCAAGAAAAAAUUGCUUUCGAUCUUGGCUUGGAAUUUAGGCAGGAGAGUGAAUAUCAGAGAGCUAGUCUACUACGUUACAGGAUAGAGAAGGAGAAGACUUUACUUAUAAUACUGGAUGAUAUUUGGACAAAACCUGACUUGGAUGCAAUUGGAAUUCCUUUUGAGAAUGCUGAGAAAGAAAGAAAAGAUGGUAAGAUGAGACCAUGCACAAUAUUGUUAACUUCUAGAAAUCGGGAUUUAUUAAGCAAAGAUAUGAAGACUCAAAAGAACAUCUUUGUCAGUCCUUUAUCCUACGGAGAUGCAUGGAAUUUGUUUCAGAAGAUUGUGGGUGAUUCUGCAAAAAACUCUGAUUGUCAUCCAGUUGCAGUUGAGAUUGUUACAAAAUGUGCAGGUUUACCACUUGCAAUUUCAGCAAUUGCAAAUGCAUUGAAAAAUGAGAGUCUUGAAGCUUGGGAGGUUGCCUUGGCUCAACUAAAAAGGUCUAAUCCAAAACACAUUCUGGAAGUGGGUGAAACUUUGUAUUCGACUAUUGAGCUGAGUUACAAUUUUCUGAAAAGUGAGGAAGCUAAAUCACUAUUUCUUCUUUUUGCUCUAAAUGAUGUUGGUAGUGGCAUGUACACUAGUGACCUAUUAAAAUAUAGUAUGGGUUUGAAUUUGUUUAGAGAUGUACAUACAUUGGAAGAAGGAAGGAAAAGAUUGCACUCGUUGAUAAAUCAUCUCAAAGCUUCUUGUUUGUUGUUGGACGGUGACAAUGACCAUGCAGUUAAAAUGCAUGAUAUUAUUCAUGCCGUUGCUGCAUCGAUUGCAUCAACAGAGAAAUUCAUGUUUAAUAUUCAAAAUGUCACCGGCUUGAAAGAAGUACUGGGGGAGAAAAUAUCAAAAGAUUCAACUGCUAUUUCUUUGCCCUAUAGAGAUAUAUAUGACGAGUUUCCUCAACGGUUAGAGUUUCCGAAAUUGAAUUUGUUCUUCCUAUUUACGGAUAAUCGCUCACUACAAAUCCCAGAUGCUUUUUUCGAAGAAAUGACAGAUCUCAGAGUUUUAGAUCUUACUGGAUUUCUUUUCUUUUCAUUACCUUCAUCCCUUUCCUGCCUUAAAAACCUUAAAACAUUGUGUUUGGAUAGCUGUUUGUUAGAGGAUAUUAAAACACUUGGAGAGCUAAGAAAGUUAGAAAUUCUUAGUUUGUUGAAUUCUGAUAUUGAACAAUUGCCUAUAGAAAUUGGAAAAUUGACUCGGUUGAAGUUGUUGGAUUUGAGAGAUUGUUCGAACCUAAAAUACAUUGCACCAAAUGUCAUCUCCUGCUUGUGUCAAUUAGAAGAACUAUAUAUGAGCAACAACUUCAUUCAAUGGGAAGUUGAAAGAGUGGAUAAUCAAAGACGAAGAAAUGCUAGUCUAGAAGAGUUAAAGCAAUUGUCUAACCUAACAGCUUUACAUCUUCAUGUUCAGGAUGCUCGACUUAUGCCACAAGACUUGUUCUUCAAGAAAUUGAGAAGUUAUAAAAUAUUUAUAGGAGAUAAAUGGAAGUGGUCCAGUAAAUAUGACCCUUUAACUUCAAGAACGUUCAAACUGAAGAUAAGUGAUAAUGUUUAUUUGGGGCAAGGAAUUAAAAUUUUGUUGAAGAUGACCGAAGAUCUCUUUCUAGAGGAAAUGAAUGGAGUUAGACAUGUUCUUUAUGAACUCAGUGCAGAUGGUUUUCCAUAUUUAAAGCAUCUGCAUGUAAAGGACGGUCUUGAUAUUUUGUAUAUCAUUAACUCAGUUGCUUGGAGACUAGCCUUUCCUAAGUUGGAGUCCUUGAUCCUUUGUAAUUUGAUUAAAUUGAAGAAGAUAUGUCAUGGUCAACUCAAUGCACGGUCUUUUAGCAAAUUAAGGAUCAUAAAAAUAGAAAAAUGUGAUAGAUUGGAGUAUCUCUUUGCAUCCUUCAUGGCAAAAAACCUUAUGCAGCUACAAGAAAUUGGAGUGACUAAUUGUAAGAACCUAAAAGAGCUUUUUGGUGAAGAAAGUGAUGAUCAUGGUGAUGAAAUUGAAACAAAUAAUAAGACGGAGUUCAAUCAAUUGUGUUCUUUGACUCUACAAUGCCUACCCAAAUUCAUUAAGAUUGGCUCUGACAUGACGGUUGUCUUUCCAAGAUUGGGGAACUUGAAAUUGUAUUCAAUUAAUUUUGAGAACACAUGGCUUGAUCGAUCUCUAUCAAUUUUUUCUUAUAGUCAAUGCUUAAAAAGCCUAAGCAUUGAGGAGUGCCAUGGCUUGAAUUUUUUGUUUUCAUUUGCUGCAGUCAAAAGUCUUAACGAACUCCAAAAUUUGGUGAUAAGCAAUUGUAAGUCAAUGGAAGUAAUAGUCGACUCAAAAGGAGUACAAAGAGAAGAAAAGAUAAUUGGUAUGAGUUUUCCUAAAUUGUUGUACAUGAAGCUUAAACUUCUGCCAAAACUCAUAAGUUUUGGCAGUGGGAAUUUAAUUGAAUUCCCCUCCCUAAAAGAACUUCACAUUGAGGGAUGCUCUAAUUUGAAGACAUUCUUCUGCAAAUCUUUUCAUCCAGUCACUGUGAGAGAAGAAGAAGAAGUGAACUUGGAAAACUACUUUAUGAAUAUAAACCCUCUCUUUGAUGAUAAGGUUGCUUUUCCAAGCUUGGAGGAGAUGGUGCUCUUACACUUGGAUAACUUGCAGCUAAUAUGGCACAACCAAAAACUCCAUGUAGAAUCUUUUCGCAAACUAAAAGUACUGAGAGUCGAAUUCUGUGAAAAGUUAUUGACUAUUGUUCUAUCUGAUACUCAAGGAAAUCUGACCUUUCACAAUCUAGAGAGUUUGACUAUUGAGAAUUGUCGGAGUAUAAAAAGUCUCUUCCCAGUUUCUACCGCCAUUGGUCUCAUGCAACUUGAAAAUCUACGUAUAAGCUCUUGUGGGUUGGAGAAAAUUGUUUCUGAGGAAGAAUUUAAUGGAGCCGCUACAUUUUUGUUUCCAAAAUUAAAAUAUAUCUUCCUUUUCAAUUUAUGGGAACUCAAAUGUUUCUACCCACAGUUGCAUACAUCAGAGUGGCCGAUGCUAAAAGCUGUGACUGUGAUUAAUUGUAAGAAGAUAAAAGUUCAUGGAUUAGGAUUUUCUAGCUUCCAAGAAAGAGACCGGGGGAGGCAACCUGCCUUUUUUUAUUUAGAAAAGGUCAUACCAAAUUUGGAAAAGUUGGGUUUAGAUGCUUAUCACUUUGGAUUGACAUUCCUUCACAGUGAUCUAGCUGAGAGCUUUGGCAAACUUGAAAGGCUUUUGUUGUCUGACUUUGAUGAUGAAUCUGUUGCUUCUGUGUUCAGUUUCCUUCAAAAAUUAAAUUCCUUGGAAUCACUUAGCUUUUUUUAUAGUAGUUUCAAAGAGUUGUUCCCUUAUGAACUAGGACAUAUGGGGAAACAAGAUUUUCGAGGUGACACAUUUCUUCAAUCUCUUCAAACACUGCAUGUACGUUGGUGUCAUUGUUUGACAAUUUUAAUGCCAUAUGCAACGUCUUUCAAAAAUCUUAAAACUCUGGAAACAUGCAAUUGCGAUAGAUUAGCCAAGGUACUAACAUUCUCAGCAGCCAAUACUCUUGUGAAUCUCAGAACAUUGAAAAUAAGAGAGUGUAACUUAGUGACAGAGGUAGUAGUGAACGAGGGAGACAGAGAAGAAGAGAUUGUCUUUGGCCAAUUGAAAGUUUUGGAGCUUUACUCUUUGUCAAGCCUCACAUGCUUUUGUUCAGCCAAUUAUUCUUUCAAAUUCCCUUGUUUGGAGCAAGUUAUUGUGAGUCAAUGUCCAAAAUUAAACAUCUUUUCUCAAGGAGUGUUAAGCACACCAUUGCUAAGGAAAGUACAGCUGACAGAAGGAGAUACUGAUCAAGAAUAUUUUUGGAAGGAUGAUCUCAAUUCUACCAUUCAGAAAAUAUUUACAGAUAUGAUUGGUUUCCGUGACAUAGAAUAUUUCAAGCUCUCUGAAUUUCCCAUAUUAAAGGAGAAAAUAUGGAACGGCCAAUUGUCAGUUGGCAUAUUCCGCAAUUUAAAGUGGCUAGUAUGUGAUGAGGAUUUUGAUAUGUCAAGUGCUUUUCCAUCCCAUGUACUGUACAAUUAA